AUGGAAGCGGAGAUCAGGCGGCAGGCCCAGGGCCGGCAGACAGAGGAGUGGGUAAGGCAUUGUGCCAGCGAAUACAUGCCACGGAUUGAGGAAGCUUCUUCCGAACCUACAACACCGACCGCAGUCCUCCCAAGUACUACACAGCUUCCCCUACGGACAGGAGAGAAGAGACCCAGGGCGCCAGAGACUCCUGCUGGACCUUAUAUCCACCCUCUCCCUUCCAUCGAGACCAUCAUGUCGUCGCCAAACAUGUCUCGUCCCGUCUACAACUCUCUGACUCGCGGUGAGCAACCACCAGCCCAGACAUACAAGACCGUCAUCCACACUCCCAAGCCCGCGAACCUCCGCAUUCUGGACCAGAACCUCGUGCGCGCUGCAGAGUCCCAAGCACUGCAGCGCCGCCGACGCCGCGCCAACUCAGGCCCGGGGAAUCGGAGCCGCAGCAACACGGGCAGCUCGAUCGCCUCGUCUGAGGCGUCGACGUGUGCGGGAUCCUCGGUCGGGGGGGACUUCGAAAGAGAGAGUUCAGCGAGCGAGGUCAGCGACGUGGAUAGCUGCAAGGCGACUGCUGCUUCUUCGCCGGCGUUUUCAUUCACAGCGGGAUCGUCGCCGCGAUACACUCUCUUCCCUCAGAUCGUGCAGUCUACCAUCUCUCUCCCCAUCGCGUCUUCCGUUGCAACUUCGCCCGCCCUGUCAUUCCACUCCACGCACUCGAACUUCUCCCCUUCCUCCUCAACACCAAACACUCCCAGUGAGCGUGGCACGCCAUCAAGCCAACCCAGCUCCGCAUACCCCUCCCCACCCGCCUCCCCCAUCGAUGCGUCCCGCCGGUCGAGCACCAGCGAGGAAUACAUGGCGUACCCGUCCCCGCCUGCCUCCCCCUCGCCCGCACCCUUCUCCCUCUCCCUCCGCCAACGCCUCCGCAACAACAACACCGAAGGCAUCAUCAGCGCCGGCGGAUACGCAAGGAGACGCGGAUACAGCUUCCCCCCGCCCAAGCUCUUCCCCUCGCCGCACGUCCGCGUCGCGCCGCCCCCGCCCGCACAACCCACAUCCACAUCCACAUCCACAUCAGCGCGCCUCAAACUCCCGCUACGACCAAGGAUGUUGGCGAGGAGCGUCACGGCUCCCCUACCUACCCUUUCCUCCUCGUCCUCCCCGUCUCCGCUGUCCAGCUCCGUGACAUGCACCCCCGACCCAGACACCUCCGAAGCUUCUUCGUCGAGGCAGAAGCAGAAGGCGUGGCAGCUAGAACCGCUUGAUUUCGAGGGCGUCGAAUUCGACCUCGGCGAGCAGAAACUCGGCGGCGGGGGAAUCGAUUCGCCCACCACCCUUGACUCUCCCCCCUCCCAUCUCCUUGCUUUUCCGUCGCUGGGGGAGGGCGGGGAGUGGGGGUGGAGUAUGAACGGUGGGGAGCUCGUGUCGUCUUCUUCGGUUGGAGGGGGGAAAGGGGUGGGGACAGGGAGGUUGAUGGGAGGCAGUGAGAGGGAGAGUGAUUGGGGGUUGGGGUUGUAUGUCAUUGAUGAGGAGAGGGAGGAGGAUGAGCGAGGGGAUAGGAGUCCUGUGCGGAAGAGCUUUCGCCGGUAG